UGACACUGACUGGGCACAGAGGGAGCAUUGCCCACAUUACCUGUUCCAGCCUCACAGCCCAGAGCCACCUGAGGGGGAGCACACCUGAGCUCAGUGAACCCGGGGCAGCUCUCACACAGCGAUGGACAGGUCGAGCUGAGCAGCUCCGGACGCGGCUGCUCUCUCAUCCAGAGAUCGGACAAGUUUGGGGACUGAGCGGCGCUGUGUGUGGUGUGUGUGGUGUGUGUGUGUGGGUGUGUUUUUUUCUGGUGAUCUCAGGCGUGAAGAUGGAAGAACGUCCUCGGACUAUCAGCACCACCAGCAGCACGUACGCGGUGUCCUUCAGCUCCGCUGUGAUGGGCUACGACAAGGCUUUCCUCAGGACCCCCCCGGGGCUGCUGAUGGUCGCAGAGAUUGUUUUCGGCCUGUUGGUGUGGGCGUUAAUAGCCGGUACUGAGUACUUUGCCGUCUCCGCCUUUGGCUGGGUAAUGUUUGUGGCAGUUUUCUACUGGGUGCUUACAGUCUUCCUUUUGAUCUUCUACAUCACUGCGGCUUACACCAAGAUACCACAGGUGCCCUGGACUACAGUGGGUUUGUGCUUUAACGCCAGUGCUGCUCUGUUUUACCUUAUUGCCUCUAUUGUGGACGCAGUUUCAGUUAAACAGGCUGCUCAAGGCUCUUUGAACUACAAUAACUGGGCAGCAUCUUCGUUUUUCGCUUUCAUUGUGACGCUCUGCUAUUCUGGAAAUACAUUUCUUAGUUUUCAGACUUGGAGAUCCAAGGACGAAGGCCCUUAAUAUGAAAGUGUUUUGAAACCAUCUCUUGAUAACUGGAAAGAAAUACCAUGGACAAAUGAAAUUUGAAGAGUCCCCUUUAGAAGUGAAAGUUUGUGAAGAUGAUGCACUAUUAUGGUGGCUAAUUUGGCUCAGUGUUAGUUACAUUCCAUUUGUUAGUUACAUUCCAGCAGUUUAUUUAAGACAUGCUGUUGAAAAAUCUACUUAUUACAUUAGAUUGUGAACUUAUCUUUUUGUUUAAUAUAUUCAAAAAGUGUCAAAGUGGUCCACGAUUUUACCACUGAAUUCUACUUUGUGUGUGAUGCGUUCCCAAUUAGUAAUACAAGAAUACAAGGCAGGAGCUAGCACCAGCAUAUGCUCAAUGGCCAAAUGUCCUCUUGCACUGUCAUUCUUGUGCUACUAAACAUUGGAGAAGCUUUGUUACGUAUCAUUGCUGUUGUGACUGCUCUUUGUACAAAGUUCUCAGUUAUUUGUGGAAAGCAGUUUGCUGACCAUGGCAUCUAAAAUGUGGUGAUGUCCAGUUCCCCCCCAUUGUAGGGAUUAGUUUGUGUUGCGUAGCUUGUGAAUGUAUGGUUUGUUAUAAAAAAAUUCUGAACUGUUCCCUUCCUUUUCUCCUCUCUCACUGUGAGCAGGUUGUUACCAUCAGAAAUCAUGACUGUGGCACACGAUGUUUGCUGAUAAAUUAUUUUUUAACCCAUUUGGUUUUUCUCUUAUGU